ACCAGGAAGGAAGCAGACAUGCAUUUACGAAUCAUAUAGCUGAUAUCAAAUACGAUUUAAUCACACGAAUUUUGUUAAAUAACCUUUUCAGAAGCUAGUAAUGAAUAAUGAGAAACGUUGAUGACAAGUUUCUUUUGUAUGAUGCAAAAUACGAGACGAGUUACGUUUCAGUCUCGUAUAGUUUUUGGUUAUAUUGCCAACUAAAUUGUAGAUAAUUUGGCUACCGAAUAUAACAUAAACAUUAGGCAAACUAGGAAGUACGAUAAAAAGAAAAAACUAGGAAGUACGAGGAACAGUGAAUAACUAAUUUAUGUCGAAAAACCUGUAAUAAGAACAAAUGAUGACAGCAUGAUUUCGCAGACUAUUUAAUUUUAUCUCCCCUGUUUCUCCACGAUCGUUUAAAUUUUCUAUUUAAUAGUAGUAAUAUUAUUUUUACUAAAUGCUGUAUAUUUUUGCUUAUAUAUAUAUUCUUCUUCUUCCGUCGUUAAUAUUCAAUUAAAUAGUGGAGCAAGAAGAACAUAAACGAUUGGUUGAUGGCGUCAUUGGUUAUUGUUGGAGAGAGUGAAGAGGUAUCAUUCACAAAACCACUUGGAAGGUUGUCUGUGUUUUACUAUGGAGUUGGGCAUAUGCUCAAUGACAUUACUGCUUCUUGUUGGUUCACUUACCUUCUCCUGUUCUUGACUCAGAUUGGUCUCUCCCCAAGGGAUGCUGCCAUCGUCAUGCUCUCUGGUCAAGUUGCUGAUGGUUUUGCUACUGUCUUCGUUGGUGAAUCGAUUGAUAGAUUUGGGCAUUUCAAAAUCUGGCACGCCGCAGGGUCCCUAUUAGUGGCUAUCUCAUUUUCAUCGGUUUUUGGCGGGUGUUUGCCUUGUACUAUCCUCCAUAGUAACUCUUUAACGCUAGAAACAUUAUCGUACAGCAUGUUUGCAGCUAUCUUCAAUAUAGGAUGGGCAGCUACUCAGGUUUCCCACAUGGCUAUGGUCAAUUACAUUACACUGAACUCAACAAGCAGAGUAGCACUAACAAGCUCUCGUAAUGCGUUUAGCAUGGUUGCUAAUUUAGCCUUAUACGCGAUUGCUUUAGUUGUAUUUGGUGUCAGCAAGGCUGAUACAAAAGAAAACACUGAAUCACAGUAUCGUUGGAUUGCUUAUUCAUGCAUUACCGUUGGCUGCUGCUUUGUGGUCGUAUUUCUUAUGGGGACAAAAGAACCACGGCUGCGUAUAACUCUAAGGGAAACUAACCGAGCAAGAAUACCAUGGGCCUAUUGGUUCCGUAAAAUUCUAUAUUAUCAAGUCGCUAUGGUUUAUCUCCUCACACGACUAGUCUUGAAUGUUUCCCAGGCAUAUCUUGCAUUCUUUGUUAUUGAUGACUUGCAAAUGGCUCAAUCCGCUAAAGCUCUGAUUCCUGCAAUAAUCUAUAUCUGCAGCUUCGUUGUGUCGGUUAUGCUUCAGGAGAUUCCUUGGAAUGGGAAACGCCUAAAGGCCUAUUAUUGUGCUGGUGGUAUCAUUUGGAUGUUCUGCGGUGUAUCUGUCCUCUUUUUGCCAAGAAGCAUUAACUCUUUCAUGUAUGCGAUCUCUGUCUUAAUCGGCAUAGCAAAUGCAUUGAUUCUGGUGACUGCAAUUAGUAUGCAGAGUGUGUUGGUUGGUUCAGAACUAGGUGGAUGUGCUUUCGUUUGUGGGUCUUUAAGUUUCUUAGAUAAAAUGUCAUGUGGCAUUGCUUUAUAUGUUCUUCAGUCACACAAAAACGGGACUUCACCCGAAGAUGUCGUAACCAGCACACAUAGUUUUGACUUUUCGGUGACAAGAUAUGGAUUAGGACUUGUCCCAGCUGUAUGCUCUUUUAUUGGAGUCGUUGUCACGUAUUUUAUGGAACUUGAUGGCACAAUACUAAAGCCUCUUUGCCAACCGUUGCUACUAGAAUAAACAGAAAGGAAUCAAAUCUGUAACAUUUCUGGUGACGUAGCACGAGAUAAUUAAAAUAAUAAACUCUGUUUCAGUUAUAGUCUUUUUAUAAAUCCUUGUUGUUUUCUUCAUAGUUAGUCAGCUUAUGGAUUUGGAUUGAGUCGUAUGACUUAAGGAGAAGAUCGUCUGGGUUAUGUCAGCGAUUUCUCAG